AUGUAGGGACCAAUUCCGGAAACCACAAUUUGUGGCAAAUGAUAACCUACCAUAUAAACUGACAAUUUGAGACUACAUUUUUAUUAGGUUGUGUCGAAUUCGACUAGGUAAAUUAUCCAUCAUAGAAAUCGAACAUAUUUAGUUAACAGAAGUUAACCUGGAAAAUUCUGUACCUAUUUGCAAAACAACCAGUGAUUAGUGACGAUUAGUUGCCAAUCUUCUGUAAUUUCCAUCGCAUGGGAUAACUCCCGGGUAAAACUUCUGAUUAUGUUUAUAUCAGAUAUCGACCUAUAGAAAACCGGAGAUUCUUCAGAGAUCAUGCUAACAUAGAUCAGUGAUUGCUCUUAUCAAUCAAGGAUGAACCAGAUCAAAUUGCCAAUUUUCACUAGGCUUAUUUCUCGAAUUAGGCUGAACCCGAAAAGUUUGGUUCUGAUCCUAAAUGAUAAAGAGUUUCGUGUAGAUUUGAUUGAUAUAUUCUUUUUUUUUUAAAUAAGUAUUUGCCCUUCGUCAUAUUGUAAGCUAAAAAGUAUUGAAUAUCAUAGAAGUAUCACUUGUUCAACAAUAAAAUCAUUAAUAUCUACAAAAAGAAAUAUGUUUAUUGUGCUAAAUUGACUUCAGAUAUUUCUUUCUUCUACUAAAUAAAGUAAAAAUUUUUCGGAAUAUAUUGUAAUAUGUACAGUUUGAUCAACGAAUUUAUUUCCCCUUUGACAAACAGAAAUUAUCAAUCAGACGUUCACAGAUCAAACAAUCCUAUUUUUUUAAAGAAUUUUUUGAGAAUAUGCUUUUACAAAAACUUAUUCUUUUUAUUUAAACAAAUGCAGAAUAUCAAGUUCUACAAAAUGCUAUUCUUUAAAAUGACUGACCUCUUUGCUAAUCAAAUGAGAAAGCUGAGAUGUUUUCAACAACAAGAAAGUGCACGAAAAGUAGAUAAUUACGUAGUUAUAUAUUUUAUAGACAAUUUUAAACACAGUUUAACUCAGUCUAAAAUGUUGUUAUUUUGCGACUAAAAAGCAAAGAUGUGCUUAGACAUUUUUAUAGUGUAUUUGAAUAACUUAUAAAGUUUAUUGAACAAAUAAAUGUUCACACUUUAUUCUAGUUAAAUGCUGAGCAACUGACAUUUACCUUCAAUUCUUUAUCUUUAGUAUCAGAAUCCACCUUUCUGAUUUAGUCUAACUCCAGAAGUAAGUCUAGCAGAAAUUGAGACAAAAAUCUUCAAUAAAAAUUUAUUUCAUAAAAUCAUCAUACAUUGGUGAUAUAGUAGGAAACCGUGUUCAGAUCGCUUUUCUGUUGACUCAGCAUACUACCAUUCGAAGAAACAAAAAGACAAUCAUCCAGUGUUGAGACACAUGCAAAAUUUCACAAAAAAAGACGUUGAGUAUCUCAUGAAAUAUGUUGGAUAUUAUUUUUUUCAUCGAUUAUUGUACUGGAAGAAUGUUGUAUUGUUUUGAAAUCUACUCAGAAUCCUAAGUAAAAAUUGAUGAUCGUAUAAAUCUGAAUGAACAUCAUAGUUUCGUUUGUUUGUAAUAGAAAUCCUCGACGUGUAACAAAAUCUGCUGUGGCAGAUCUUAUUGAACAUAUGGAAAAAUGCACUAAUAUAGACUCAAGUGAUGAUGAAUCUGAUUUUGCUGCCAAUAAAAGUGAAGACGAUAGUAAUCCUAAGAGUAAUAACGAUGGCAAAAGUGUUACACAAAAGAAUCAAAAGCCUAUUAGUCUUCUACGUUUCGUUACCCGAUUGAAUGGUCGACAAUUAUUGUCGAAGAUGAGUAGUAACAAUGAAUUACAAUCGAAGGCUAUGGCUAUAUUCUCGGAAGAUUCAGAAUCUCUUGACAUUUCACAAAUUGUAGAUGAUUCCGAUAAUGAAAGUCACAAUGAUGAUCACGACGUCGAAUAUCCCGGUGCUGUUAACACUACAACGACCGAACAACAUCUCAUUGAGCAAGAUCUGGACGAUAUUCGUCAAAAGACAUUGGAACAUAAUCGACAACAAAUUAAAGGAAUUCAAUUCGCAAAUGCAGGUGAUGGAAAUUUAAAAGUGGUGAAUAGUUACGCAGUUACUUCAAAUACAUGUACUCUUAUUUGA